UAUAAAAAAUGUUUUUUAAGUUCACUUUAUAUUUCUUGUAGGUGUUCAGAGGAACAAUUUCAGAUGCUCCUGACUUUGAUCCCACUGUUGAUGCUGAGACUCUUUACAAUGCUAUGAAAGGCAUUGGUAGUGACAAAGAAACCAUCUUGGACCUGAUCACCUCUCGGAGUAAUGCACAGAGGCAAGAGAUCAUUGCAGCGUACAAAUGCAGCUUUGGGCAGGAUCUGAUUGAAGAUCUGAAAUAUGAGCUCACAGGAAAAUUUGAGCGUCUCAUUGUAAGUCUGAUGAGAACCCCUCCCUACCACGAUGCUAAGGAGAUCCAUGAUGCGAUCAAGGGAACGGGAACAAACGAAAGAUGCUUGAUAGAAAUCUUGGCAUCUAGAAACAACAAACAGAUACAGGACAUGGUUGCAGCCUACAAGGAUGCCUAUGGCGGGGACAUGGAGGAAGAUGUUAUCGCGGACACAUCAGGUCACUUCAAGAAGAUGCUGGUUGUUCUGAUUCAGGGGACCAGAGACGAAUCGGGGGUGGUGGAUGCAGACCUGGUGCAGCAAGAUGCUCAAGACCUGUAUGCUGCAGGAGAGGAGAAGUGGGGGACAGACGAGUCAACAUUCAUCAUGAUCCUGGGAAACCGCAGUGUGACCCACCUUCGAAUGGUUUUCGAUGAAUAUGAGAAGAUUGCAGAGAUAUCUAUAGAGGAGAGCAUUAAGAAUGAGCUGUCUGGAGACUUUGAAAGGCUCAUGCUGGCUGUUGUCCAGUGCAUUAGGAGCGUUCCCAUGUUCUUCGCCAGGCGCCUCUACAAGUCAAUGAAGGGCCUUGGUACAGCUGAUAACACCCUCAUCCGCAUCAUGAUAUCUCGCUCUGAAAUCGACAUGCUGGACAUUCGAGAGUGUUUCCGUCUCAGAUACGAGAAGUCGCUUUACAACAUGAUAAAGGACGAUACUUCAGGUGAUUACAAGAGGACUCUCCUCAACCUGUGUGGAGGCGAUGAUGACUUAGCUGGAGAGUUCUUCCCCGAAGCCGCUCAGAUAGCCUACAAGAUGUGGGAAUUAAGUGCCAUGACCAAAGUGCAGCUGAGGCCCACAGUCCGUCCUGCGCCUGAUUUCGACCCUGCAGCUGAUGCACAAGAUCUGCGGAAAGCUAUGAAGGGUUUUGGAACAGAUGAGGAUGCGAUCAUUGACAUCAUUGCACGAAGAAGCAACGCCCAGAGGCAGGAAAUCAGACAGGCCUUCAAAUCCCUGCUGGGAAGGGAUCUGAUAAAGGACCUGAAGUCGGAGCUGUCAAAGAACUUAGAGAGGCUGAUCAUUGGACUCAUGCUGACCCCAGCAGAGUUUGACGCCAAAAUGAUGAGAAAGGCAAUGGAGGGAGCAGGCACUGAUGAGCAUGCUCUGAUUGAGAUCCUGGUCACCAGGAGCAACGAGGAAAUACAAGCCAUGAACGCCGCCUACAUGGACGCCUACAAGAAGUCUUUGGAGGAUGCCAUUUAUUCAGACACAUCAGGCCACUUCUGUCGAAUCCUCGUUUCUCUGGUGCAGGGUGCAAGAGAAGAAGGGCCUGCAGAUGUGGAAAGAGCCUGCGCUGAUGCUCAGGAACUUGCAGAUGCAAGUAAUGCAGAAUCUGAUGACAUGGAGAUGAAGUUCAUGAGCAUUUUGUGCACCAGGAGCUUCCCCCAUCUCAGGAGAGUGUUCCAGGAGUUUGUCAAAUGCACCAACAAGGACAUUGAGCAGAUCAUCAAGAAGGAAAUGUCUGGCGAUGUGAAGAAUGCCUUUUAUGCAAUAGUUUGCAGUGUGAAGAACCAGCCAUCUUACUUUUCAGACCGCUUGUAUAAAGCCAUGAAGGGUCUUGGUACGGACAACAGAGCCCUGAUCCGCAUCAUGGUGUCCCGUAGCGAGGUCGACCUCUUCAACAUCCGCAAAGAAUUCAAGGAUACACACGAUGUCUCCCUCCAUGAAUUCAUCCAGGUAGAGACUAUGAUUGGCGAUACCUCAGGAGACUUCCGCAAAACCCUGCUGAUCCUCUGCGGAGGAGAGGAUUAAACCUCGUCACGUCUCUGAAGCUUCGUCUCACAGGCCUCGGUGACCACUGGACGAGCCCGUUCACGCAGCCAAAACAGACGUGCUUAUCGUCAGUAUCUGUUCCUAACUGCUGCCACUCCUCAGCCAAAGCAGGGCGUCCUGUUGGACGACGACCUCACAGUCUUUGUCUUUUUUUUUAUUGCUUCACCACCUUACUUACCCCACCUGGGAGGGUGCUGUUUUUUUUUUAUACAACACUAAAUUUAUCGUAUCAGAGUGGAAAAAAAGCUUCACAUAAAAGAUUUUAAAAAGAGUAGUAUGAGCUCAAGGUGUGCCUUCAGAGAGCUGUCCGUCCAAUUAAAACUGUGAUUUGAAAUAUACCCCAAUAAAACAAAU